GGUGGGACACUGAACGGAUUUGCGAAAGUUGGUGAAAGAAAGUCCGGGGUAAACUCCUUGAUGUUUAGCAAGUCUCCUCUUGUGUAAGUGUGUCGCGUAGUGUUUCCAAAGACGAACGAAAAACACAAAAACAUGAACAAUACUAGAGAGUGCGUAACCGAGGCGUACACACGGGUAGGCGUCAUCUUGGUGUGCAUAUAUAUACAGUGGGUACGGAAAGUUUUCAGACCCCUUAAAUUUUUAACUCUUUGUUAUAUUGCAGCCAUUUGUUAAAAUCAUUUAAGUUAAUUUUUUUUCUCAAAUUAAUGUACACACAGCCCCCCGUAUUUACAGAAAAAUCUUAAUUGUUGAAAUCAAGGCAAAAAGCUGAUUUAUGAAAAACUGAAAUAUCACACAGCCUUUAGUAUUCAGACCCUUUGCUGUGACACUCGUAUUUAACUUGGGUGCUGUCCAUUUCUUCUGAUCAUCCUUGAGAUGGUUCUACAUCUUCAAUGGAGUCCAGCUGUGUUUGAUUAUACUGAUUGGACUUGAUAAGGAAAGCCACACACCUGUCUAUAUAAGACCUUACAGCUCACAGUGCAUGUCAGAGCAAAUGAGAAUCAUGAGGUCAAAGGAACUGCCUGAAGAGCUCAGAGACAGAAUUGUGGCAAGGCACAGAUCUGGCCAAGGUUACAAAAAAAAAUUCUGCUGCCCUUAAGGUUCCUAAGAGCACAGUGGCCGCCAUAAUCCUGAAAUGGAAGACGUUUGGGAUGAUCAGAACCCUUCCUAGAGCUGGCCAAACGGAUCAAUCGGGGGAGAAGAGCCUUGGUGAGCGAGGUAAAGAAGAACCCAAAGAUCACUGUGGCUGAGCUCCGGAGAUGCAGUCAGGAGAUGGGAGAAAGUUCUAGAAAGUCAACCAUCACUGCAGCCCUCCACCAGUCGGGGCUGUAUAGCAGAAUGGCCCGACGGAAGCCUCUCCUCAGUGCAAGACACAUGAAAGCCCGCAUGGAGUUUGCUAAAUACACCUGAAGGACUCCAAGAUGGUGAGGAAUAAGAUUCUCUGGUCUGAUGAGACAAAGAGAGAAAUUGUUGGCCUUAAUUCUAAGUGGCAUGUGUGGAGAAAAACAGACACUGCUCAUCACCUGUCCAAUACAGUACCAUCAGUGAAGCAUGGUGGUGGCAGCAUCAUGCUGUGGGGGUGUUUUUCAGCUGCAGGGACAGGGAGACUGGUUGCAAUCAAAGAAAAGAUGAAUGCGGCCAAGUACAGGGAUAUACUGGACGAAAACCUUCUCCAGAGUGCUCACAACCUCAGACUGGGCCGGAGGUUUACCUUCCAACAAGACAAUGACCCUAAGCACACAGCUAAAAUAAUGAAGGAGUGGCUUCAGAACAACUCCAUGAAUGUUUUUGAAUGGCCCAGCCAGAACCCUGACUUAAACCCAAUUGAGCAUCUCUAGAAAGACCUGAAAAUGGCUGCCCACCAACGUUCACCAUCCAACCUGACAGAACUGUAAGGAUCUGCAAGGAGGAAAGGCAGAUGAUCCCCAAAUCCAGAUGUGAAAAACUUGUUGCAUCAUUCCCAAAAAGACUCAUGCCUGUAUUAGCUCUUCUCCUAAAUACUGAGCAAAGGGUCUGAGUACUUAUGGCUGUGUGAUAUUUCAGUUUUUCUUUAAUAAAUCUGCAGAAAUUUCAACAAUUUCGUUUUUUUCUGUCAAUAUGGGGUGCUGUGUGUACAUUAAUGUGGACAAAAAUGAACUUAAAUGAUUUUAGCAAAUGGCUGCAAUACAAAAAAGAGUGAAAGAUUUAAGGGGGUCUGAGUACUUUCCGUACCUACUGUGUAUACCUCAUAUGUGAGGUAUACAUCUAUGAUGAAAAUUACAGGCCUCUCAUCUUUUUAAGUGGGAGAACUUGGGCAAUUGGUGGUUGACUAAAUACUUUUUUGCCCCACUGUACUAUUAUCUGUGCUACCCAUGACAGCUCGGUGAUUAGGAAAUUAUCGAUUAAAUUUAUCUGGCAGGACAAUUUUAUUUUUUAAUUUUGCGGCUGGUUCAAAUCGCAUCCCCGUUGACGUACUGAUGAUUCACAACAACAUGGCUGCGAAGAGAAGAGUUAUUUUACAAAACUACAGUUAAGGCCUUUUCACACUGCACUUAGCAAAGCGUCUGAUGCCCUGGACUUUCCCAUUCAUUGUGUGUGUGUGUGUGCGUGUGUGUGCGCGAGUGUGCGUGCGUGCGCUGAGGAGCCUCUGCAUAUUUUGAAUUGAUGCCGAGCGUCGCGUCAUUGGAUAGAAAAAAAUUCUAUUCGGGAGGGUUGACACGGUGACAUCAAUAAGCUUAUUCAGUGGGAGUGGGGCUGGAGGACUGAUUUCUGAGUGCUAUUUUGGCGGACUUGUACUGUAAACAGCAAGGGGGAAAUGGAGGAAGACAUUAUAAUUCGGUGUGCCGCUAUCCCGAGCUUUGGGCCAGUAGAAAAAUUAUAUACCGAGACAUCUCUGCGGGAGGCUUUCAAACUCCAUUUCAAAGCUCCUUUUUCAGCGGGGAAUACACCUUGAAGCGCUAUUCCUGGAACUAGAAAAGUCACGAACAAGUUUAAACUCCUUGAGUUGCUCCCAUGAAAUUAAUAUGGGAUAUUCCCAUUCCACUUUUUUUGCUGAUGUGUCACCACCUCCUCCUUAAAACAGGCAAAUUUGGGGAAUUGUUUUCCAACAAUUUGGGGAAUUGUUUUCCAACAAUGAGUUGGAAACCGAGUUGCGGUCCACUCAGCGGGGAACGCCUCCCGACUUCCUUCGAGGUCGUUACUUCACCAUUUUCAAAUAUGGGAUGGCCACACCCCCAUUGCCGUCAUUGUUGCGCUUUUACACAGGGGUGUUUCACAUUGAGCAAGUGCAGUAUGAAAAGCCCUUUAGUGUUGCCAAGUUAGGAUUUGGUAGCUAUACUUAAGCCUGUUAAUUUUUCAUCUAAUUACGAUCAACUGUUAGGAGAUCUAGGUAUUUAUCCAAACCAUAAUUCUAAGACAGUAUUUCAAAGGCAACUUUUGAGACUUUUGACCCACCCUGUAUAAGCAAAUUUUCUGAUCUAACUGCUAUUUUUAAAAAAAAGCGACUCACAUGUUUAUUUCCCGUUUCCAUAUGACAAGAAAGGCGUCCAAUGGAAGGCUAUCAGAGUCAAUGUGCCAGAAUCCCAGCAAUCCCAGCAACCCACCACCCCAGCCUCAGUCUCCCCCAGCCCUGGCCCUGUUGCCCCCUCGUCCCCAAGUCCUACUGCCACUGGGCUUUCUGCACCAGUUCCUCCUGGUGGCGGGAACAAUGCAAAGCAGCGCACUGCUGUGGCCAACGGACAGCCCUCCUCCCUUUCUGGAAACCAAAGUUCCCAGCAGCAGCGAUACAUGUCCAGAGAGGUUCCGCCGAGAUUCCGUUGCCAGCAGGACCACAAAGUGCUACACCACCUCUUUCUUCACAAGAAUCAGAAAACUCCAAUGCAAACACAGACACAGAUUCAAACUUGGGUUCAUACUCUACUUCACCACCCAACACAUCCUCUUUAUGUGUCACUUCUCUGUCGUCGGCUUCAUCUUCUACCAAUUCAACUUAUGCAAAUUCCACAUGGAGGGCAGGAUCUGCCAGCCUGUCUUCCUCUCAGGGUUGUGACAAGAUCAUUGUGGAUGAGACUGAUCUGGACAGCUGGCCUAGCAUCCUAGGCACAGCCAAAUUAAGUUCUGAUGGAUCUGGAGGAGGGGUGCAGGAGUGCCCUGGUAACAAAAUCAGUAGUGCCUCAUGCCGUGAGAAAAACCUCCAGCAGAGAGGAGGAACAGUUGAAGGAGGAGGAGCAGGGAAAGUGGACAAUCCCUCCCGGCCUUGUUCGUCUCCUCUUUCUGCUUUUUCAUCACAAAAUGAAUGUGUUCAGACAGGUGGUGUCAUAUGGAGCUCCUCCACUUCCUGUCGGGGGGAGGCAGGAUUGGGAUCAGCAGCAUUUUAUAAUUCCAAAGUCUCCCACCAGCUUCCUGGACCUCAAGAGAGUCCUGCAGAUGGCAACGCUAGUCUCCCUGGUGCCAUUUUAAACCCCAAUGUGAAUCCGUCUGCCUGGCCAGCCCUAGUGCAGGAGAAGACAUCGACUUCAACUAAUUCUCUACAUUUGUCCUCACUUCGUGUCAGCACCACUUCUCUCACUCAUGAGCACACUGAGAUGGCUGAAUUAAACACGAGUACAGAACAACAUCCCUUGGGAAACCCAGCGAGAGAUCUGGGUUCAGGUGAAGGAGCACAGGGAGUGGGACCAGGACCAGGACCAAAUCAAGAAGAUGGUGACAAGAGAGAAACUGAGUCUGACACCGAACGAAAAGGGACUGUGAAUAAAUCUAGUCCUUUGUCUUCCUCUUCUGCUGUCUCUUCGUCUUGGAAAUCCUUGACUGCAGUGCCCUCUGCUCCCGCAACAGGUGCUUCACAGGAAGAUCAAUGGGGAGGAGGGAAGACUGGCGCCCAUGGACAGGAAGGGACUCUGCGGGGCUUUGGUAACCAGGGUGACAAUACAGGGUGGGGAAGAGGAAUGGAUGAUGCUGGUGGAAAUAUCCAAAAGGAUUCUCAGGGAGUGUGGAAAGACAGGAGCUCAGAAGUAGAGUGUGGAGACACAGACAAAAGUGUAAGUUCAAGUAACUCAGCUUUAGAAAGUCUAACAGGAGGGUGUGGGAGCAACAACAGUAGGGGUGGAGCCUGUCAAGAUGGCAGUGGAAGUGCUUUGGCAGACUCUGGGCCACCAAAGUUUGCAAAUUUGGAAAAUGCCUGGGACAAUCAGAAAGGGAUAGAAAGUGGAUAUGUGGCAGAACAACAAGGCCAAGGCACUGGAGUUAAAGGACCAGACUCCUCAAGUGGAGGUAGAACAGAAAAUGGUGGAGAAGGGAGUGGUCAUGGGCAAAAAAGCGAUGGAGCCCAGGUUGUACCCUCGCUCUCCAACCAGACCUCCAGUGCUGAAGUGGCCUUACUUGGCAUGCUCAAUCGAUCUGACUUAGAUCCCAGGGUUCUUUCCAACACGGGUUGGGGGCAGACCCAGAUUCGUCAGAAUGUGGCCUGGGAUCUGAACACCACCAAACGAGUAGGAAACAGAAAUGAAAAAGUUUCAUCAUCUUCCACAUUCUCAUCAGGAAUAAUGAACACUAGUAGUCGCAGUUCUGGGUACCUCUCUAAUUCAAGGGUAAAUACUAAUGACGAGUGUGCCAGCAGACACGCUGACAGCAUGAAAUCUGGCUCUACUUCAGUGAAUGACUCAUGGGAUGGCGGUGCUUCACAUGUUACUUGUGAUUCUCACAUGUCUGAUGGCAUUAUACAGAAGCCAAGAAUCCCGGAUAUGGAGUGCAGUCAAGGAAACACAGCUCGAAGUUGGGGUGAUCCUCCACCUGACAACCAGGGCAAAGGAUGGGCUGAAGAACACCAAUGGGGGGACCACAGAGGAGGGAACUGGAGGGACAAAGGAGAACAGAGCAGUGGGUGGCCUGUUGGCCCAGAAGAUAAAGGGACAGGUGGCUGGAAGGGAACUGAAAGUGGGAAGGUAGGUGGAUGGAGAGACUGGGUCCAGAGAGAUUCCAAACCUGGAGGUGGGUGGGGAGAUGAGCGUAUCAGAGGUGCAAGCAGCUCUGACGAAGGAUCCUCUUGGGGUCACCCGGAUGAAGAUCCAUCUCAGCGGAGAGGAUGGGGAGGUGGAGAUGUGGGUAAGUCCCACCACGACUGGGAGAGAUCCAAGCACCACGCAGCAGCACCGACAUCCAACAACCAGGUGGCCACAAAGAACACCCCAAAUCAGCAGCACCAAUCACAGGGACACCCCCCACCAGGAAGAACCCCACAAGGAGUUUGGGACAGCCGGCCGAAUGCUGUAAGUGGGAGUCCACCAUCCAAGAAUCAGAACCAAAGUUCGGGCUUGAUAUCUGGCCCAAUUCCCCAAAUUUCUGGGGAUGACUCUGUGGAACCGAGUGGGUGGGAUGAGCACUUACCUCAGUCCAUCAGUCGCAAAAUGGAAAUUGACGAUGGGACUUCAGCCUGGGGGGAUCCCACCAACUACAAUGGCAAAAAUGUGAACUUGUGGGACAAAAAUAGAGCUCCAUCUAGCGAAAGCCACAGUCAGCAGGCCCCAGCACUGUCAAUGCAGCAGCCGAGACGACAACAGGGCUUGCAACACAGGGAUGCUAACUCUGGAAAUGCAGCAGUUGGUCCAGGUAUGUGGGGAGGGGUUACACAAUCUGUUGACAAUGGGUCAGGAGCUUGGAACCAGACUUCAGAUGUGGCAUCAGGAUGGGGUGACUCAGAUGAUCCUAAAAUAUCUGGGUGGGGCAGCCUGUCACCCAAGCCUAGUAAAAGUACCAAGUCAAUGGACACUUGGGGAGCAAAGGGAGAGGGCUCAGUAGCAGCCUCCCGUCAUCCCAGCUGGGAAGAGGAAGAUGAUAGUGUGGUAGGGAUCUGGAAUAGCACCGGCUCCCAAGGAAGUAAUUCCUCAUUUAACUCUGGAGGCUGGAAUCAUGGAGGAAGGAGAGGCAACGUGAAGGGUGGCAGUGGAGACAGCUGGCUAAAUCCAAUGUCACGCCAGUUUUCAAACAUGGGUCCUCUGGGUGAGGACCCCAGCAUAGAUAAGAAGAUGGAAGGGGACAAAAGAGGGAUGGUUGACUACAAUGGGGACAUGCGGAGAGGAGGAAGAGGUGGAGGAGGUUACCGCAUGUCUAAUUCUAAAGACAUGGGUUCUGUUGACAUGACCACCUACAGUGAAAAAAUGGGUAGCCAUGGCAUGUAUGUUGGCAGUGGUGGAGGGAUGCAACAGCCCCGAGGGAUACACCAACCUAGCUUGCAUUCUAUGAAUCCCUCUCAGGGGCUUCGUGCUCAAGUGCCUCAUCCAUUCCUGUCUGCUCAGGUCCCGGGUCCUAUGCUGAAGCAGAUGCUGUCUCCUGGUGGCAGUGUGGUCGGAGGAGUAGGAGGUGUUAGUUCUGUUGGUGGGGCUGGGGGUGUUGGUGGAGGAGUGUUCCCUCCUCAAAUUUCCCCACAACAAUUAGCCGUGCUUAGCAACCCCCAUGUGCAGCAGUUCCAUCUGGCUUGUCAACUCUUGCUACAACAACAGCAACAGCAGCAGCAACAGCUUCUGCAAAACCAGCGAAAGUUCCCUCAGCCACAGCCACUCAGACAGCAGCCAGAUCCACAGCAGCUGGCAAGGAUUGUGGCAGUUCUCCAGCAACAACGACUUAAUCAUGGUGGAGCAGCAGCAGGGAGCUUGAAAUUAUCCCCCUCUCACCUUGGAGGAAGUCUGUCUAAACAGCACAUACUUGACUCUUAUCCACCUCCUGGAGUGGGAGGGCCCGUAUCAGACCCGCAUUCCAAAAUGCAAGGGAUGUACUCUGGUUUUGCCCCUGGUAGUAACCUCUCGGGACUGGAACUUGGCACUCCCAUAAUGGGGGGGGUGAAGGACAUAGGAGGACAGCAGUCACGCUUCAAAUGGAUGAUGGAGGGACAUUCCCCAGCUCCAUCUCCCCCUGACUCAAUCCUUCUCAAGAAUGGCUCCACAGAAAACUGGCAGCGUACCCCUGGGAGUAAAAUGGUGAACAAGCUUUCUACUUCUGGUUGGCCUCCAGAAUUUCAGCCUGGUGUGCCCUGGAACGGAAUACAGAAUAGCGGAGACCCCGAAUCGGACCCCUACAUGACCCCCAGUAGUGUUCUUGGCUCCCCAGGACCCCCAACUCUCAAUGAUUCUGACCAUCAGUUAUUGCGAGACAACGUCGUCUUGCAAUGUUUAACAGGGCCAAAUCCUGCCCUCAACACCUCACUGCCUUCACAUGGUGCCUGGCCCUACAGUGCCUCAGAUAGCCCACUCAGCAAAGCACACGGUACAGCAAAGUACUCAGACUACAAGUCCAGUUGGCCCCCUGAGCCCAUCGGACAAAGUAAGUCAUGGAAGGCCAAUCGCAACGGCUCACAGCUGCCACGCCCCCCUCCUGGUUUAACAAGUCAGAAACAGGGCACACCCUCUCCAUGGGGAGGUGUAGGCCCACGGGUAGCCCGGGGCUGGGGAGCGAGUGGUAUUAAACAAGACUCAAGAUUUGGGCCAGGCCCAGCUUGGACUGAUGGUGCGGCAUCGAGAGGCAGUUCCUGGUUGCUGUUGAGCAACCUGACACCGCAAAUUGAUGGCUCCACACUAAAAACGAUCUGCAUGCAGCAUGGUCCCCUGUUGACCUUUCACCUUGGCCUUACCCAGGGCAGCGCUCUUAUUCGCUACAGCAGCCGUCUUGAGGCAGCCAAGGCCCAGGGUGCACUGCACAUGUGUGUACUGGGCAACACCACAAUCCUGGCAGAGUUCCUGAGUGAGGAAGAAGUUGAUCACUAUUUUACACAUUGCCAGGCUGCAAGUGCUGAUGGGACUAGCAUAGGAGGGUCAGCAGCUGCUGGUAUGCAGGGUUCACCUGGAACAGGCACUGCAGUGACCCAAAGUGGGGCUAGCUCUCCAAGAAGUGAGGGGGCAGUAACGAUCACCACCUCAGGUGGACAUGGAAAUGGCGGUGGAGUGGUAAGUGGUUCCGUAGGUCCGAGUGGUGUAAUGUCCCCCGGCUCUGGUUGGCAGGGUCUAGAUGGUACAGGUAGCUGUUCAGAAACCUCCUCAGUCCAUGGACCCGGGCUGGGUGUUUUUUCCCAGUGGAGCACCAAUGGAGCAGGAGGGGUGGGAAGUGUUGGGGGAGCAGAAUCUGGCAGGUCUGGACUAUGGGGUGGCAUGGCUGCAGUAUACCAUGGCAGCAGUCUGUGGGGGGCACCACAGAUGGAGGAGAGGCAUCAAAUGGACAGUCCUGCUGCUUUGUUGCCAGGUGAUUUGCUGAGCGGUGGAGCUGAUUCGGUCUGAGGGGCCUUCUCCUUUUGUAGAUUUAGACACACUGAUACUGCAUACACUGGGAUACAAUAUGUAUUUACUAUAGCACAUCACCACAUUUACAGAUAUGCAUAUAUUAAUGUUCCACACGUGCAUACACAUAUACAUUGUUUGCAUAUCAAAUGUGCUCACGCAUACAAAAGAAAUGUGAGACAAGCUUACACACAUUCUUGCGGCCAGAUUUAAGCUAUUAUAUAAAUAAACGCAGGGACUGUUAGUUGUAUACAGCCUUUUUUUCCACAGAUGAAGAUUUCAACUGUUUAGACUUGAAAACUGAAUAAGAAUGGUAAGUCAAUUGGUCUGAAAGACUAGACUGUAUUGUGCUUAGUAAAUGGAAGACUUUUGAACAGAUUUACAUUCAUAUACUAAAUUCAGAUGCACCUUUUAAAAGAAGGGCACUGUAAACAGCAUUACCUUCAUUGUAUAAGAAAACUUAAAAACUACCACAUGUGGGAAGUGCAGUUUGUAUUCACGCAUCUGGAAAAACAACAUUAAUCCAAACACAUGCAUUCAGCUCUGAUUAGCAGAACUGCAUCUUACUGUGUAUGUCAAGUUUGUUUAUAUUUUUCCAGUUUAUAUGUAAGGCUUUAUUUUUUUGAAUUGUGAAAAUAAUGAAAAAUGUCAUUUUGUUUUCAAGAUGCUGACCUCCUACUGUUUUACUUUGGCACUCUUAUCUUUAUUUGUUUGUUACUGUUGCAGUGAUAAAUGUUAAAUUGAGGCGUUGUUGCAUUUCUCCAUGUGUGGAUACAGUAUCAUUCACAGUGGACAUAGUAUGAGUGGGACUGAGACCAAAUCAGUGGAUUAAACAACCACUGUUGGUGUGUGUGUGCGUGCGUGCGUGCGUGUGCGUGCGCGUGUUACUGCCUGUCAAGAAAUUCAGGCAAGGCUGCUUACUAUACAGAAGGUCUAUACAAAUUGUUUUGUGUGUUCAUUGUACUGCUGACUGUGUUAAGAAUAUUGGCACUAAUGCUUUUUCUCUUAUUAGAAGUUGUUUGUUUUUAGUGGAGUUACAUUUUUUUAUUGUCCAAACUGCAAUAAUUGCAAUAAAAAAAAUAAUUAAAAAAAACAUUUUCAUGGCACAAACAGCUCAAGGUAUGUGCGUUGGAAAAAAUGGAAAUGCCAAAUCUUAUCAAACUGGGUGGGUUGGGUUGUUUACAAAUGCAGAAAGAGUUACCAUAUGUUUUUAAUGUUCUGAUGUGUAUUUGGUUUAAAUUAAGACAGGCUUUCACACUCCUGUUCAGUGUUUUUGUUUUGAGAUUUUACAAAGGAAAACAUAUUUAAAGUAAGGAGAACAAUAUUAAUAAAGUAUUGGCUUGUUUUAAAUGUG